CCUGUAGCAACAACUAUUUACUAGUAAGUUCUAAUUUAUUCAGUUGUUUCAUAUUCCUUUUUUGGGUUGGAUGCAGGAGGCCAGUUAUGACAUUAUGUCUGCAGGGGUGAAUUUUCCUGGUGGCGAUGCCACAACAAAUGUAACUAAAGAAAAGGAAUUGGUAGCUACUCCGGAGAAGACAUAUAUACAUCAUGGUAUUGAUGAUACAGCUAAAGGAGAAGCAGUGAGUGAUAAAAUAGAAACAGAGUAUAUCAACAACAGAGAAACAAGCUUUAUAACCUCUAGUUCUUUUGAGGAAUUAAACAUUUCUGAUUUGCUCAAAUCCCCUGGAGGAAGUGAAUUAUUCAAGCUGUCAGAAACAGAGUUUGAACAUUACCUCUCAUGUAUCGAUGUGGCAACAGAGAGUAACAGCAUACUGACUCCUGAACUUGUGGCAGCAAUAAACAUGUUAGAGGGUGAAGCAUACACAGAUCAUUGGGCUGGGAGCUUUACAGAAGAAGGGGUGGACAAGGAGAAACCUGCAGAAGAAGAAGACCAGUUUAGGAAGGCAGUACUGGGUGAGCUAGAUGAAGACUUCACAGAAAUCAGCAGCCAUAACCGUAAAAAUAGCCAAGAAGAACAAAUACAUGAACAGCUAUCUCCGAGGACAGAGCAGGAUUCAAUAGAAAAGGAACUAAGCUCUUAUAACUUUGAGCAAAAUUAUUUAGAAAGAGUUCUAGAGGAAGAGACAUGCAAUAUAAGGGAUGCUGACUGGCAAGAGCAUUGUACAGAAAGGCAUCAUUCUAAUUCAAAGGUUGAAGGAAAGAAGUUUUUAAGGACCCAGAUUGUACCAGAUUGUGCCAGGAAGAGUAAUAGACAGAAUGAAGAUGAAACAGAAACUAUGGAUACAAGACAAGAGAACUCAAAUAUGUUGGACAUAAUGCAAACAAAUGACAGCACUACAUCAAUAAAAGAUAGAAUAUGUUGCACUGCAGGUAUAAGAAGAAGCCAAAGAAUUUCCAAGAGGAGAGCAUCUAUUGAACAAAGUAUAUACAAAAAUACCCUCCAUAAUAUACACAAGAGAAACCAUAUGGGAGAAACACAGCUCCAUUUGUCAGCCAAAAAAGGAGACUUAGCCUCCCUGAGAAUUCUACUUAAAGCUGGAGUAAAUGUGAACCAAAAAGAUAAUGCAGGCUGGACAGCAAUGCACGAGGCGUCCUGUAAGGGCUUUACGGAUAUUAUUGUUGAAUUGCUUCAUGCAGGUGCUGAUGUAAACAGUAAAUCACUCGAUGGAAUUCUUCCCAUCCAUGAUGCUGUCAUGGGGAACCAUUAUAAGGCUGCUAAGCUUUUACUUGAGUUUGGGGCAGAUCCCUUUGAGAAAGAUGAAAAUCAAGAAAAUGCUUUUGAUAAAUCCUGCAGUAAAGGAAUGACACAGCUGCUAAUAUCCUACAGCCGUACCUUGCAGACUGCCUCCCAAGAAAAUGUAUCUGAAAUAUCUGAGGGAGAUAAUAUGCAAGAUAAAGCAAAUUCUCAUGCGUCUUCGGUUACUCCUCGGAAUCCAACUAGAGAAAGAUGUGGAACGCUUCUGUAUACUCUAGACACUUCAGAAGACACAAACAAUAGACAAGGAAAACUCUUGUUAAAAGAAAUUCUGACACCAUUAGAUGCAGAAGAAACGUGCCUGGUUAAAGCUAAUUUAAAUGAUGUAGUCAAAAUGCAGAAGAAUGAAAGAGAAAUUCUUGCAAAAAGGUACAGGGCCUCUGUUGAUUCAUUUAAACAAGGGAUCUUAAGAGAGAAGAUAGCAGAGCUGGCAGCGAGGCAGAACAUACUUCAGCAAGUUGUUUGCCAGCAAAAGGAAGUGUCUCAGAAAAUAGCUGCCCAUAAGCAAAGUAAGAAAUCAGAUGCAUAUAGGCUAGAGCAAAGCUCAUUUCUGCAUUCCUGUAAUAUGUCUCCUGGAAGGAAUCAGAUGCCUGCAGUAUGGUCAGUUAGUGCAGGGCUGGAUGCCAGCAUUGCUAAUGGAAGCACCGAGGCAACUGUGGUACCAGCAAUAUCUGGAUCACCAGACUUGGAAAACAACACAUUGCAAGAGAUACUUAUGAGAUCCAUUGGUAUAGGAGACAUCCCUGCUAAUGUUGUUACUGCAAAAGAAAGCACAGCAAACGGCAAACGGUUAAAAGAAAAGUCAUUGGAAAUAGAAAAUGCCUUUUUAGAUUUAGGCUCAUCUUUUAGCAGCAGCCCUUCAACCCUGCAGAAUGUGACAAAUGAGCAUUUAGCUUUUACAAAUACACUGUGCAUGUCUACUAAUCCAGUACCUGUAACCAGCACUUUAAUUAUUAAAGAAACAGGAAAAACUAUGGUCCAAAAUACUAAUCCAGUCAGACACAGUUACCAGAUGCCUCACACAGAACAUUCCCAUACUCAUCAUGCGGACAUGGUCUCCCACCAGAAAGAAAAAAUGUCCUGGUUUUCAGUCAACAACCUGACAAGUGUGGGGAAACCUCAUCAUGGAAUGGUAGAUCAAGCAUCCACAAGCCAUGUUGCUUCUGUCCAAAGCAAUCCUGUUCAGAGAUCUGAGAGCCUAUCCACAGCAAAGAGUCAUACAGGGAGAGCAAUACGACAAAGGCCUAAUAAAGUUCACAUAAAAGACCUUAUAAAAAAUGGGAAACUGAAGCCAGGAGAAGACGUUUUAGAGUUUAAAAUACAGGAAUAUAGUCACAAAGCCAGUCUUUUGCCAGAUGGUACGAUAAAGGACAGUACCGGUAUGAUCUAUCUCGAAUUAGCCCACUGGCUAAAAGCAAUUCUAGGAAAUAAUAUCUCCAUCAGCUGGAAGUAUAUAAUCAACAAGGUUACAUACUGUGGAAAAGACCUCAAAAGUUGUAUUCUUCAGAAAGACCCUAUGAGUAGAGAAUUUCUACAGCCUACUUCAGACAGCCAGGCGGCAGCUUUGCCCAGCAUGAGUUCCAGUAUACAGAAAGAACCGCUUCACGUGUUUAGAAUAAAGGAUAUUUUAAUUUUCGAUAACGAUGAGUUUCUACCAUGCCACAUAAUGGAUCGCUACUGGAAGAAGUUUAUUGAUUCUGAUAGCUUAGACCUCUAAGCAAUGCCAGUAAUCCUCUCUCUACAUUUUAUCAAUGUGGCACCUGUAUGUUUAAUAUUAAUCUAUAUUUGAUUGUUUGCAGCAGAAAAUCCAUAGGAGUUAUUGUUAGAGUGUGUGGCCUGUAUGCCAUGUGAUAUGCCACUCUACCUGCAGAACUGGUCUCUUAUUUCCAUUACACAGACAUUCACUGAAUAUUGCACUUUUCUGUUGUUUGUUUACAAUUACAGAAUAGGGCAGGUAAAUGUUAAAAUAAGGAGAAUCAAUUUGUAGCAGCUUUCAGAUUACAUGGAAUAAUUUGCAGUGACAGGGACUAGAGCCACAGUUAUUUAUACCAAGCACAAGGCUUUGCUUUUUUUUAUUGCCUGUUCCUGUUUUUCAUUCUACUAAAGGCAGUCUGUCGCCAUCCGCUUCACAUCUAACUACUCCAUCCCCAAUGGCUCUGCUAGAUUGCUUAUUUGCUUUAUAGGCGAAGUGCCACGGCUAAAUGAAUAGACAGAUAGCAUCUGAACGCAGAUUUACAAAUUACAGGUUAGCAAAUGAAGCUUAAAAAAUAUAACUCAUAUCUGACCUUAACUACCCUGAAGUGUUCAGGCUUCACUGAAACCCAAACCCAUUCACAGAAGGUGGGCCCAGGUAAAUGUAUUUACAGCCCAAAGCUCCUUGGCUCUUGGGUUUAAGGUGUUUUCAUGUCUAAUACUAAAGCGCAGAAAUGUUAACUUGAAGCCACUUUAAUUUUUCAUGUGAUCCUUGCCUGUGUCAGAGCAUACAGAUAAGGCCAAGGGCACAGAAGUGUCCAAUACUCCAACCCAUCAUGCCUCCUGUCAUUGAUAUUCACAUUUCGGUGCUUUUUGGGUUUACAUUCACAUGAAUGAUAGGAGACAUAAGCAGCAGAGAUGUUCUGUAUACCAUAGGCCUUAUCUGAAAGCCUGAGACACAGGAAGCAAUUAGGGUAAAGGACUAAUUAUACACAGUGUAUUAUCUGCCAUUACAUUAUCUCUUCUGAUUCCAGGAGCUGCAAACACUGAUUUCAUUUGAGUUUAUUUAUAACAAAACAAAAAUAAAAAAUAUUGUUUUAUUUGUCAUGGAAAGUAUAGGAAAAACACGUUUUUCUAACUAACCCAUUUAAGCCCAUGUAAAACAUAGAUUCACAAGUUCAGACCAGCACUCUUCUUGUAACUCAAUGCUUUUUUAUUUAUACUUGUGUAUCGUUGUGUAUAUAUAUAUAUUUAGAGCAGGGCCGCCUCAGGGCUCAGUGCACACAUUGGUGCCACCAUGCAAGAGUGCACUCUGCAGCAGAAGAGUCUAAAUUCCAAUUUAAAAAUCUAAAUUUUGACUCUUUUAAGUUACUAGGAGUGGCUUUUUACUGCCCCUAGUAACUUGCGGGGUGCUGCUGCCUGAGGUAAGUUUCUCAACUCAUCUCAUGGCAGCAGUGCCCCUGAUUUUGUUUGCAAAUGUUUGCAUUUUUGUUUGUGAAUAAUUGCAUUUCCAGCAUGCACCAUAAUAAUGUCAGUAGUAUGCACUUACUAAAUGCAAGUCAGCCCCAUGUGCAGAUGCAACCAGCUAAGGGAACCCUGGAUUUAAUGGCAAGUCCAGGCUGAUGUUAAUUCCAGGUCUCCUUUAUGUUGGAUUCCUCCAUAUUUUUCAGUGAUUCAUUUAAUAAUAAUACGUUCCCAAUAAAAAUACACCCUCCAAUAUGAGUCAUGGCAGUCAAGGCUCAGCAUCAUAAGCCCGUCUGUGUGCCUCCAAGCCAGCAAUGUCAUCAUUCCUACUGUACAGCACCUCUCCCCACUGCCUCUUGGCUACAUCACUAGGGUGGAAGAAGCUACCAGUGCAGGCAUUUUAUUGGGCUGUAUGUUUUAUAGAAUCUUAAGUUGUGUUUGCUUUGUACUGUAGUUCAAAUAUUUUGACUCUUUAUUUUAAUUUUUUAUUCUUUACAACAAAGUCUACUGUUUUACUUUUGCUGUUUAAAAAUGUUGUGCAGCUAUAAAAUCAUAAACCUAUAAUGCAAUAAACAUAGUUUGUUCUAUAGUGAAUGUUAUAUAAAGUAAAACUACGUUGCCUUUGGUUCA